AUCAGGGUGUUUGAAUGGACUGCCUAACCCCAACUCUAUGGCGCGACUGCAUUUGUUAAUUUGUUUUCUUGCUAUAAAACAGAUGGAGCUUAUUGAGUUACGUCAACAGGAAUGUACCUUGGCCUAACAGUAUCCGGAAAUUAAAGGAUUAAUUUUAACUGCCAAACUCCGGAGAGGUGGCGUGCCAAAGACCUCAUCAACCUGGUGCCAGGGAACAAUCAACCACUCCUAUUGCCUUUUCUAUGUGGUAAAGUAAUGACGUAACAUCCUGUGGAUGCUGGUAUGCCUCGAUGCAACAUUUGAUGGAUUUUUAACUGUUCAAAGAAAUGGUAACUGAAUUGAAAUUUUUGGACAUUCGUCAUGGAUUCCCAAAUCCAUUCAUUGUUCUCCCAUGACAUAUUUUCAUGGCUCACAUCAGUUUAAAUAGGAAUUUUAUGAUGGUGAAAACCACAAAUCAAGCCCUUAUGUUGCUGCCUUUCUCCGAACACAUGUACUGGAUUUUUCAUGGACUGUAUAAACCCCCUCUCUGCCUUUUUCCUCUUCUCGUUCUAUCCUUAUUGCCCUCAAUCACAGUUAGUAGCGUGCCAGGUUUGGAAUACGACUGGGGAACGCAACCCAAGCUUGUUUGCAUCCCGAUCCCCGUGGAUGCAGACCUAAGCUGUUUAACACCAGGUGGGGCUGCUCAUGGGCCUAGCAGCGAUGGCCAUUCAGAUGGGCAUGCAAAUGGACAUCACGGGCCAGUUAGCGGGCCGCCAAAUAGCCACACCACCAGUAGUAGCCGACAUGGCAUGUCUGACGAGGCCAAAGCCACCAUCCUUCACCUUAGGGAGAGCCUUGUACGACAGAAGGAAACUAUUCUGGAUCAGCGGGAGACCAUCCGGGAACUGACGGCUAAACUGACCCUCUGUGAGGGCUUUGGGAGAGGGCAUCAUGAUGAUAACCAUCAUAGCCCACCAAGCCACAACUCCCAUCAUUCCUCACAUCACUAUGCCGAUCCACACUUUCCUUUGAAUGGGCACCGCAAUGACCAUCACAGAGGCAAAUCUCCAUAUCUGGGCAAACACGGAGGCUUCUCCCCUGAACAAACAGGAAGGACUCUGCAGGCUUUGAAAGAGAGGCUGGAAAAUCUUCAGACAAGAAAUUCUUCCAGUUCCUACUCGAGUUCUUUGAGAGAUCUCCUACAGCGCAAGAUCAACGCGCUUGAAGAACAGCUCCAUCAUCACUAUGAGAGCGACCAUAACAACGGUCACCACGACAAUCAUCACGGACAUGAUGACCACCGUAAUAAUCACCACAGCAGCCAUGAUAGUCACCAUGGCAACCACCAUGCCAACCAUCACGAUGACCAUCACUCCAGUCCCAAUUAUAACCACCAUUACAGUUAUCUCUACGACCGUCGCAACCAUCACCAUGACAACCAUCAUAACAGUCAUGAUGACCACCACGACAGCGACCAUGAUGAUCACCAUGAAAAUCAUCAAAGUGGUCACGAUGACCACCACGAUGAGGAUGUGCAUCAAAGCAAUGGUCACGACCAUGAUGGACAUCAAGGCAGUGAUGGCCAUGGCAACCAUCGGCAGAUUCCCUACAAACCAACCGGGUCAAGAUUAUCCGGUCGUGGAGCACACAAUAAGCUAGAAACAGUGCUUAGCAAUCUUCACAAGACUCCUGAAACAGAACCCAACAAAAAGCACAAGAAUCCUGACGCUUUUCAGAUCGGCUUCCCAAUGCGCACCAACUACAUGUACGGCCGAAUCAAGCGCACACUUUUGAACGAGAUCUUCGCCCUGACAGUCUGUCUUUGGCUGAAAGGGGGCUCAGGUCCUGGGAUAGGAACGCCGUUUUCUUACUCUGUCCCAGGACAAGCCAACGAACUUGUCCUGAUUGAGUGGGGCAACAAUCCAAUGGAGCUUCUAGUGAACGACAAGGCAGUCACUCUUCCUCUUUCUCUGACGGACAGUAAGUGGCAUCAUCUCUGCGUGACAUGGUCCACACGUGACGGCACGUGGGAGGCUUAUCAGGAUGGUGUGAAAAGGGGCUCUGGGGAAAAUCUGUCUCCUUGGCAUUCAAUUAAACCAGGAGGGGUCUUUAUUCUUGGACAGGAACAGGACACUCUGGGUGGCCGAUUUGAUGCCACGCAGUCUUUCGUGGGCGAAAUGUCAGACCUGCAGCUGUGGUCACGUGUGCUCACUUCUACCGAGAUCUUCAACCAAGCUUCCUGCUCAAGCCACCUCACCGGUGAUGUCAUCACCUGGAGUGAACCAAUAGUUGAACUCCACGGGGGUGUCAUGAAGUAUCCAUUCGAUCCUUGUCAUUAAGGAUCUAUUUAUCAUUCUUGCCAUGCAGUUCACUUUACCCCAAAAGAGCUACAGAUGAGGUUAAAGCCACUAAGUAGAUACCUCUGCUUUACCUGCAACAGGUGGAUGAUUAUGAAUCCACAAUGCAAUACUAGCAGGACUACAGUAUGUUGAAGAGAUUUCAAGGUUGGCUAAUAGGAUUUCAGAAAGGUCCACAUAGGCCUUUGGCAUUUAACUAAGCACUUUAUUAGUUUAAGUGUUUCAAGUAUACUGCAUAUCGAUAAGCAGUGGGGAUGUCAACACACUGGUUUAACUCUUGCGUGUUUUUAUUUCGCUUGCAAGUUUUCAAAGCAUAUAAUUUAUGCUUAAAUGCAUCACAUUUGAAGAUUUUAUAAACUAUGUUUUUUUUUGUACUGCUUUAGGGGUUCUGAGCUGUUAAAAAGGAUUUUUUGUAUGUCACAAGUAGUCUAUGGACAGGUGGACUGCUGUCAUGGGUUUACAUAUGCACACGCCAGAAAACUACUUUAGCAGCUGAAUGAAAAUGUUGAGGUGUCCAUGGCAACACGGCUUUAAGGCGGAUUAAAGGGCUGAAAGCUCCAUCUCUCUCUCUUUCUCUCUCUUGUGAUUUUAUUUUACAUAAUGCAUAAUACACAUAAUACAACUGAAACAGACAUGCAGUUUAAUAAGUAAAUGAAUAUGCAUUAAGAGUAACCUACCGUUUUACCAUGCACAUUGUGUAAAUAAGCUGCUGACUGCACUUUGUUAUUCUGUAAUAUGUAUAUCAAUGCUUUUAUGUAGAGUAUGUGCUGUAGUGAUUCAUUUGAAGGCACAUUAAAAAUCAGAUGGGGUAUAUGCAAUAUCUCUUGUAUCUCUUUGUAUCAUAAAUUUGUAUGCAUGCGUGUGUGUGUUCACAGACAGACUGCAUAAAUCAGCUUUUAAAAUUGUUUAACCUUGCCUUUAGUUUGUAUCUAUUUGUUUCCAAAUGCACUUACAGUAGUUUGUUAUUUGUUUACUUUCUUGUAUCUUUGAUGUACAAAGCAGAUAUAUGUGUAUAUACCAUAUUUUUAAUAAUUAUUAACAAUAUGUCCUUAAUGUCCUUAAGGCCUGUAAGCCAAAAUGU